AUGAGCCCUCCCACGAGCCCGGAGCCUGGCCCGGACCCUAAGUUAUCGAAGGUUCAGACACAAAGAGCGCGAUGGGCCACCCGUAAGAUGACGGUCAAGAGCAGCAACACCAAGCGACUGUCUCUCCUGAACCGUAUGCACAAGCGAACGCAGUCCGAGAAAAGUACCACCGGAGGCGACGGAAAUGGUGCACCCUUCCAAGACGGUGAACCCGACCAUAAUGACCAAGAGAACGACAACCAUGAAGAGCCUGUAGACGAGGACGAGUCUGACGAGGAGGAGGACUCAUCCCGUAUGUUGUACUUCAACUUGCCGCUUCCCGACGACAUGCUCGACGAUGGCCACCCCAUAUACACGUUUCCCAGGAACAAGAUUCGAACUGCCAAAUAUACACCGUUGUCGUUUAUCCCAAAGAAUCUGUGGUUUCAAUUUCACAAUGUGGCCAACAUCUUCUUUUUGUUUUUGGUCAUCCUUGUCAUUUUUCCAAUUUUCGGUGGUGUCAAUCCAGGGUUGAACGCCGUCCCAUUGAUUGUUAUCAUUGUCCUCACAGCAGCCAAAGAUGCCAUCGAAGACUAUCGAAGAACGAUUUUGGACAUCGAGCUCAACAACGCGUCUGUUCAUAAGCUGCAUAACUGGAACAAUGUGAACGUACAAGAGGACAAUGUAUCAUCGUGGCGACGAUUCAAAAAGGCAAAUUCCCGGUUCUUCGGUGCGAUCUGGCAUGCUAUUGAGAGCUUGUGGUCCAAGAAGGCUAGAAACCUCCGCGCUGAACGAAAGCAGCUGAAGCUGCAUCCUGAGAUGGCAGACGAGGGCCGACCAUCAAUUGAGACAGUCCGAACACGGAGAUCAAUCCGCGACUCCCUUGCCUCCCCAUUUGGAAACCGAGAAUCUUUUGUUGAUGCCCAGGAAGAGAUUCAGAUGACGCCUGUGCCCUCCCCGACGCCUGCGAACGGAGUCCCCCAUAUCCGAUUCCCGGACGAGGAAGAUGCAAAGCGUGCCGCUGCCAUCCAGGACAUGAAAUCUGAUUUGAUUAAUUACAUGAAACCACCCCAGGGAGCCCGCUUCAAGAAGGAUACCUGGAAAGGACUCCAGGUUGGUGAUUUCGUCCGUAUUUACAAUGACGACGAAUUGCCUGCAGACAUCAUUAUCCUGUCCACAUCCGAUCCCGAUGGAGCAUGCUACGUCGAGACAAAGAACUUGGAUGGCGAGACUAACCUGAAGGUUCGACAAGCUCUUCGUUGCGGCCGCUCCAUAAGGCAUGCGCGGGACUGCGAGCGUGCCGAAUUCAAGAUUGAAAGCGAAGCACCUCAUCCCAACCUCUACAAGUACAAUGGAGCUAUUCAUUGGAAGCAAGCGGUCCCGGGAUAUCUGGACGACGAUCCUGAGGACAUGACCGAGCCCAUUACCAUUGAUAAUCUUAUGCUUCGAGGCUGCAACCUGCGUAACACUGAAUGGAUCCUUGGAGUAGUCGUAUUUACGGGCCACGACACGCGAAUCAUGAUGAACGCUGGCAUCACCCCAAGCAAGCGCGCUAGAAUUGCCAGAGAGAUGAACUUCAACGUUAUCUGCAACUUCGGCAUUCUUCUCAUCAUGUGUCUGCUAGCUGCCAUCGUAAACGGAGUUGCAUGGGCCAAGACGGAUGCUUCCCUCCACUUCUUCGAGUUCGAGUCCAUUGGUGGAAGUGCCCCUAUGAGUGGCUUCAUCACCUUUUGGGCCGCCAUUAUCCUGUUCCAGAAUUUGGUCCCCAUCUCACUUUACAUUACCUUGGAAAUUGUGCGAACUCUGCAGGCUAUUUUUAUCUUCAGCGACGUCGAAAUGUACUACGAGCCGAUUGACCAACCCUGCAUCCCAAAAUCGUGGAAUAUUUCUGAUGAUGUGGGCCAGAUUGAAUAUAUCUUUUCAGACAAGACUGGCACACUCACCCAAAAUGUUAUGGAGUUCAAAAAGGCGACGAUUAAUGGACAACCCUAUGGUGAAGCAUACACAGAGGCACAGGCCGGCAUGCAGAAGCGAAUGGGCGUGGAUGUUGAGAAAGAAUCAGCUCGUAUUCAUGCCGAGAUUGCAGAAGCUAAGGUUCAAGCCCUUGAGGGCCUGCGCAAAAUUAACGACAACCCCUAUUUGCACGAUGAUGCCUUGACUUUUAUUGCUCCAGAUUUUGUCUCCGACUUGGCGGGAGAACAUGGACAAGAGCAGAGAGCGGCUAUUGAGGAGUUCAUGCUAGCUCUGGCACUUUGUCACACCGUUAUCGCUGAGAAGAUUCCGGGAGAUCCGCCUAAAAUGACGUUUAAAGCUCAGUCUCCUGAUGAGGAAGCCCUUGUAGCAACGGCUCGUGAUAUGGGCUUCACUGUAUUGGGCAACUCAGGUGAUGGCAUCAAUCUCAAUGUGAUGGGUGAAGAACGACACUAUCCAAUCUUGAACACCAUCGAGUUCAACUCGAGCCGAAAGCGCAUGAGCUCUAUUGUCCGGAUGCCCGAUGGUCGAAUUGUACUGAUCUGCAAGGGAGCUGACUCGGUCAUUUAUGCACGAUUGAAGCGAGGUGAGCAACAACAACUUCGACGGGAGACUGCCGAGCACCUCGAAAUGUUUGCUCGUGAAGGUCUGCGUACGCUCUGCAUUGCUCGCAGAGACUUGACUGAGGAAGAAUACCGCAACUGGAAGAAAGAGCAUGAUGCCGCAGCAUCUGCUCUGGAAAAUCGUGAAGAGAAAAUGGAAAGCGUCGCUGAAAUGAUUGAGCAAGAACUCUUUCUCCUUGGUGGUACCGCUAUUGAGGAUCGCCUCCAGGACGGGGUGCCGGAUACCAUUGCUCUGCUUGCCAAGGCUGGUAUUAAGCUCUGGGUUCUCACCGGCGACAAGGUUGAGACAGCUAUCAACAUCGGCUUCUCCUGCAAUUUGCUUAACAACGACAUGGAACUGAUUCACCUAAGGGUGGACGAAGAUGAGAGCGGAGAGACCCCAGACGAGGCCUUCCUCGAAAGCACGGAAAAGCAACUCGACCAAUACCUUCAAGUCUUUGGCAUCACUGGCAGCGACGAAGAUCUCGCUCUGGCCAAGAAGAACCACGAACCGCCUGGCCCCACCCACGGCGUUGUCAUCGAUGGUUUCACGCUUCGCUGGGCGCUCCACGAUAAUUUGAAGCAGAAGUUCUUGUUAUUGUGCAAGCAAUGUCGAUCAGUCUUGUGUUGCCGUGUCAGUCCUGCACAGAAGGCCGCCGUUGUUGCCAUGGUCAAGAAUGGAUUGGAUGUUAUGACCCUGUCCAUUGGCGAUGGUGCAAACGAUGUGGCCAUGAUUCAAGAAGCUGAUGUUGGUGUUGGUAUUGCUGGCUUGGAGGGUCGCCAGGCUGCCAUGUCGUCCGACUAUGCCAUUGCGCAAUUCCGAUUCCUUCAAAGAUUAGUACUCGUUCAUGGUCGAUGGUCUUACCGAAGACUGGCGGAGAGUAUCAGCAAUUUCUUCUACAAAAACAUGGUUUGGACAUUCGCCAUCUUUUGGUACGAACUGUUCUGUGACUACGACAUGACUUACCUCUUCGACUAUACAUAUAUUCUCAUGUUUAACUUGUUCUUUACCUCUGUACCUGUGGCUAUCAUGGGUGUUCUCGACCAGGAUGUAUCCGACAAGGUUUCUCUUGCUGUUCCCGAACUUUACCGCCGCGGCAUCGAGCGCUUGGAAUGGACACAAAAGAAGUUCUGGCUCUACAUGGUUGAUGGAAUUUACCAAUCUGUCAUGGUGUUCUUCAUUCCCUACCUGUUGUUUAUUCCUGCAAAAUCAGUUACUUUCAAUGGCCUUGGCCUGGAAGACAGACUUCGAUUUGGCGCCUACGUCGCUCAUCCGGCUAUUUUGGCCAUCAAUGGUUACAUCUUGAUAAACACGUACCGCUGGGACUGGCUGAUGCUUCUCAUUGUGGUCAUCAGUGAUGUAUUCAUCUUCUUCUGGACGGGCAUCUACACGUCAUUUACCUCGUCGGGGUUCUUCUACCACACUGCCGCUCAGGUUUAUGGGGAAGCAACUUUCUGGGCCGUGUUCUUCCUCGUUCCCGUUAUCUGCUUGUUCCCUCGAUUCGCUAUCAAGGCACUCCAGAAGGUCUACUGGCCCUAUGAUGUCGAUAUUGUUCGAGAACAAGAAUUAAUUGGACAGUUUGACCAUCUCCAUAAGGACGCCGGGGGAGAAGUCGGCAGCGAAAAGAGCUCGAGUCGGAAAUCAGGCACCGAUAGCCCCAAGAGACCAAAGCACGUCGCAUAUGGCAGCGUUGACGAGGAUUUACGACCAAUAUAUCCUCCUUCAACGGCUACGCGAACUACGACACACAAUCGAACGCAGGGCGGUAGCGAUUCAACAGGCUUCACUGCUAACCGCAUGUCGCUUGAGAUUCCUGCCCAAGGCCGGCCUUCAAUUGAACGGGCUAGACCGUCAUAUGAUAGAAUGCGAAUGUCCAUGGAUCGCGUUCGACCUAGCUUUGAAGCGAGCAAUGACUUUACUUCGGCGGCUAGGUUGUCACGCAUUGAGUCAAGUCAAUCACAUUCUCAACAGCAUCAUGGUGGCCGGUUCAAGGCCCGACUGCGUGGAUUGUCCUUGACCAAGAGUGCAAACAUCUAA